AUGGUAAAGCUAUUCUGCCUGCUGGUUGGCGUGGCAGGGAGAUCCUUCGAGGUGACUCUAGACGGCAGCGAAGGCGGGGAUAGAGUCCUUGAGCUGACGGAGGCCAUCGCCAAGGCAAAUCCUGAUGAGGCCCUGAAGGUCUUUUUGGCGGUGAAGAACGGCGAGUGGCUGGGCGUGAAUUCAGAAGAUGUGAAGAAGCUGCGGAAGGGAGAGACAACUGCGUUUAUUGAAGAGCUGACUGAAGAGCUCGACCUAGAUACGGCGUCCUCCCUGUACGGACUACUGCAAACUGUGCCACAGCUUAUAUCCGCCGAUCAAAUUCACGUGCUGGUGAAGCUCCCCCAA